GUCGCAAGAGAGGAGGGCAAAAGAGGGAACGGCUGAAGAAAAACGACUAGAAAUGCUCUAAAAGUAGCGAAGGGGGGCGAAAAGGGUCAAUACACAGCCGACACGUGAAUGGAAGGAUUAUAAUCCACAGUUGGAGGGAUUUUGACGCUCCCCAUGCGGAGAUUUGAACCAUGCAGGGACUGCUGCUGCUUCUGAGUUUGGCGUUGAGUUUUCACAGAGUGCGGACGGCGCGGUUCUCUCAGGAGCCUGCAGACCAGUCAGUGGUUUUGGGCCAGAGGGUGGUCCUGUCCUGCGUGGUCUUCAACUAUUCGGGCAUUGUGCAGUGGACCAAGGAUGGACUGGCCUUAGGCAUCGGAGAAGACCUCCGGGCCUGGCCGCGGUAUCGAGUGUUGCGGCUGGUGGAUGUUGGGCAGUAUAAUUUGGAGAUCUCAGCUGCUGAACUCUCAGACGACUCUCUCUAUGAGUGCCAGGCCACGGAGGCAGCGCUGCGCUCGCGACGGGCCAAACUCACCGUCCUCAUUCCUCCCGAUGAGCCGGUGAUUGAGGGGGCCCCGGAGAUCCUCCUCACAGCAGGGGUCCCAUACAAUAUGAGCUGCGUGUCCCGCGGAGCCAAACCUGCCUCUGUCAUAGAGUGGCAGAAAGACGGCCUGCCGAUAGAGGGGGCCUUCAGCACCACGGAGGUGCUUCCAGACAGGAAACGCGUGACCACUCGCAGUUACCUGCCCAUUUCACCAGUAGAUACAGACACGGGGAAGAACUUCACCUGUGUCGCUACUAACCUGGCCGUGCCGAUGGGCAAACGGGCCACUAUCACCCUCAACGUACACCACCCACCGUUGGUGACGUUAUCCAUUGAGCCUCGCUCCGUAUUGGAAGGAGAGAGAGUGACCUUCACCUGCCAAGCUACUGCCAACCCACCUAUUAUGGGAUAUAAGUGGGCAAAGGGAGGUGUGGUCAUACAGGGGGCGAGAGAGAGUGUUUUUGUCACCAAGGCUGAUCACUCUUUCUUCACUGAGCCUGUGUCCUGCCAAGUGUUCAAUGCUGUGGGCAGCACAAACGUCAGCAUACUCGUCGAUGUCCACUUUGGCCCUAUCCUGGUUGUCGAGCCUAAACCAGUAACGGUGGAUGUAGACUCGGACGUCACUUUAAAUUGCAAGUGGGCGGGAAAUCCUCCCCUCACACUAACCUGGACAAAAAAGGGUUCAAGCAUGGUUUUGAGUAAUAAUAACCAGCUCUAUCUGAAGUCCGUUAGUCAGGCAGAUGCUGGUCAGUAUGUGUGUAAGGCCAUCGUGCCUAGGAUCGGAGUCGGCGAGACAGAGGUCACACUCACCGUCAACGGUCCACCCAUCAUCUCAAGCGAACCGGUCCAGUAUGCAGUUCGAGGGGAGAGAGGGGAAGUCAAGUGUUACAUUGCCAGCACCCCUCCUCCUGACAAGAUCGUGUGGGCAUGGAAGGAAAAUGUGUGGGAAAAAGAGAAGGGGACCCUAUCAGAACGAUACACAGUAGAACAGAGCAAACUGACCACACAGGGCAGUGCAGUGCUGUCCACCCUCACCAUCAACAACGUCAUGGAGUCAGACUUCCAGUCCACAUACAACUGCACCGCGUGGAAUUCAUUCGGACCUGGGACCAUGAUCAUCACCCUGGAAGAGACCGAAAUAGUGCCGGUCGGGAUCAUUGCAGGAGGCACCGUCGGCUGUUCGAUUCUGCUUAUCCUGUGUUUACUAGCAUUAGUGCUGUUUUUGUAUCGGCAACGCAAAGGAAGUCGUCGAGGGGUCACGCUCGGCAAGCCAGAUAUCAAGGUAGAGACCAUAAACAAAGAGACCCACAGUCUGGAGGAAGACUCGGGGAGCGUCUCCACGGCAACACGCAUGGUUAAGGCCAUGUACUCUUUUUUACCUUCUGUGACCCUCUCUCCCUCCUCCCAGCCUUUUAAAGAUGACAUUGACCUCAAACAGGAGUUACGCAGUGACACGCUGGACACGCGCCAGGACUACGAGCUCAAGGACCCGACAAACGGCUACUACAACGUGCGAGCUUCCACCCAUGAUGAGGGACGUCCCACUUCCAGAUCCAUGCACUACUCAGACUAUCGCACCUCCGGACAGCCAGGGGGCGCCACGGCCGUUGUGAGCAGUAGCUCAGGAACUCCCGGAGCUACGGCAGGCCCGGGAACACCGAGCAGCUUGGCUCCGGGGUCCCGAGUAGGUUGCUACGACCCUCGCCCUCCUUCUAGACUCUCGCACAACAGCUACGCCCAAUUCAACACGUUCACCCGCGCCGGACAGUCCCAGCAGCCUCCGCCCAGUUCUGGCCCACAGACUAGCGACUUCACUGCUGAAUGCAGCCUCUUGGACUCUACCGCUCAGCUCGGAUACGAAAAUUAUGGCUACCCGCACUAUCCAACAUUUCGGAUGGGUUUUGGUCCGCCUAGCCUCGCCCCGUUAGAAGGCGGGCCGGCGUAUGAGCUGUACGGAGUCGGGCCGAGCGUCGGCGCAGGAGGCGGAACCGGAACCCCAGAGACUGGACUUGGGAAAUACGGCAGUUCCACACGGUUCUCCUACACCUCCCAGCAUUCCGAUUAUUCCCACCGACACACACAGAGGAUGCAGACACACGUGUAAAAGAGAAGCGUCACGUGUACGUAACAUAAUUACGCUGAUGUUAUGCUGAUAUCGGCCAUAUAAGUACACACACUCACACAGAUACACAGGACGGAAAUAAUGAAUGAAACGGAGAUAAAGACUGAGGGUGAACAAACAAAGAGCAGCUCAGAGUAAACGGAGGCCGAGAAAUGAGAAUGGGAGGCAGGGCAGGAGCGUCUUGACGUUCAUUUCUCAGCUCCAGGAGCUGAAAGCGAAAGUCACAAUCAAGAAAGACUGGAGUCUAGAAAAGAUCUAAGAUCUUUAUACCGUUCACUAAAUCCUGAAUGCUUUUAAUAAGCAUGAUCACAAAGGUAAUUCCUGAGAAAUGAAGGGUGCCUCUUAUAGGCUUGUAGUCUGUUUAACAGUGGUCUCUGACAGAGAUGGUCAUGUGAGAUACAGUACAUGUAUGAAUUCUCUUCAAUGGCUUCUUCAACUUCAAACUCUCCUUAAGCUUAACUCAGUUUAAAGGGCAUUUAAUGACAAAUUGCACAAUAUACAGUGGGGUCCAAAAGUCUGAGACCACCAAAAUUAUUAUUUUUUCAUUGAAAUUUUGACGUAAACCGAAAAUUUCAGGAUUAUAAAAAAUGUAAACCAGGAAAAGCUAAAUGAAGCAAAAUAUUUAAGGUUCUACACAAUUAUAGGUCACUAAUCAAAAGUAAAUUUUGAUCAUGAGAAGAACUUUUUACAAAGGAUUUUCUUGCUUUCAUUAAAGCCCAAGAUGCUCUUUGAAACUUCCUUAAAUCAUGCUGGAUUACAUGGACCAUCUGUUGAAAAAUCUGGAGAUGUUUUGGACAAACUGCAGAAUCCUGUAUGAUAGAUUUAAAUAUUGUAAUAAUGUGUUAAAUAUAGUAAAGCAAUGGUUUUCAACCAGGGGACUUCCAAGGAGUCUCAAGAUGACUGAAAAUGAUUUAAAAUAAGACAAAACAAAUAUUAAAGUAUGAUACAACUACUACAAAUUGGGAAAACAACCUUUUUUCUUUGAAGAACCAGGGUUCUUGCUGCCUUAAAAACAUGGAUAAUGUAUAAGGCAGCCUAAUUUUAAAAGUGUGAUUUCUAGACCUGGAUAAGUCACAUAAA